AUGCUCGACUUCUUGCUGGGGAAGAAGCUUUUCAGGCCAGAGCCUGGAAAGGAGACGAGAGCUGGGUUGGCAUCUGAGGAGGCGGUGAAAGCCAAGAGGUGCCUGGGAAGUUUGCGGUACCUGUGGAGGAACAGUACAGCAAGCCAUGACCCAUACGUCCUUGAGAUGAAGUCACAUUUGCGCCCUUCACCACUCCAGGGUCAGCGUCGGCGAGGUCGAGCUGAUGAAGCGAGUGAAUGCGAUGAAGAUUUGAUGGAGGUCUCUUCCAACGGGGCCUUGGAGGAUGAACCUAUGGACAAUGGGCAUGCUUCUGAUUGUCCGGACAGCCCCGCCAAUGAGAGCACAGCCGCACCGAGCGACAAUCCACCUCCAAAUGCUCAUGAGCAGGCAGACUCGCCGGUGUCUUUGACCGCUUCGACUCGACGAUUGGGCUCUUCCCCGUCACCGGAGCAGGACUUGCGUGACUCGCAGGUCAGUUCAGGUUGGCUGGGAAAAUUCUACGGAGCAUAUGGGGGCGACAACCCGCGCUGCAGGUUGGCUGACCCUGGCAUCGACGGGGAUAGCGACGGCGUCAGUGCUUCGGAUGAUGAGCUUGAAACCAACGAGGCGCCUGCCGGUGACCCAAAUUUCCAAGAGAUUUUGGAUGUGAUCCGAGCUGUAUUGCAGAGCAAUGGUCUCUUUGGCGAGCACCCCAUGAUGGAUGAGUAUUUGAAGCAUUGUCAGAACGCUCUGACCAAGUAUGGUCACUGUAUCGGUGACACGCUGGCCAGCCGGAAGCACUUCCACGAGUGGAUUUACACCCAGAAAGCCGAGGAUUCUCCUCCAUCGGCUGAAGGGUCCAACCAGAAGGUCCAGGCUUCCAAUGGGCUCUCAAAGGCUUUGAAGAUCAUGGACGCGGCCGAACCUUCGGCUUGUGAGUUGGACGGGGAACCUACGGUCACCCCGGCAACCAAAAGGCCUCGCCUUGCUGACAGCGUGAAGAUGAAUCUAGAGAUCACACCACCACCUGUCGUCGAAAGGCAAUCUGUUAAAGCGAUGGCCAAAAUCAAGAAGGAGGAGAAGGCCGCCAAAGGCAACAAAGGGGGCCAGGUGUCUUCGGGAGAGCGGGCAACGACAUUCAAGGGCUACAGCCUUGAAGGUUUACCUCGUGAAGCACUCCCUUGGAAGGAUACGGAUUACAAAGGGAAACACAGCUACACCGUUUGCAUCGGUGAAGCAGCUUUGGAGAUCUUGUGCAAAGUGCAGGCCUAUGUGGUCAAGCGCGCAGUCCCUGGCUCUGAGAAGCCCGACGUCGCCCAAGUGUUGUGGAAGCGGCAUGGCGGGCCUCUCAAAGCGUGGGACGAAGCAAAGUCCCGCGCAGGGCUCUGA